GAAAUUUUGUUCCCAUGUGUUUGUUCGUGCAAGAAAGUUGAUAUCUGCUUUCUCAAGGCAUACUGUGAAGACAACUUAAUCCUAAUCCAACUUAGGUCAAUAGCUAAGAAAAAUCUUUUAAAAAGUUGGUACUAUUAUCCAUGAUAAAUAUGAUAGAUGUGUCAAUAAUAAAUGUAGAUAACAAAGUUACAAAAAAGAAUCUCAUCUAGAAGCAUAACAAAUAGCUUCCUACAAACAACAAACAAAUAUCUUGCAGAUGAAACAAAAGCCCAGUACAGCUACAAGAGACAAGAAAACAAUGCAAGCAUGGUAAAAGAAAGAGUGAAUAUAAAUAUAAUUAACACAGUACACGAGUGCCUAUAAAAAUAAAGGAUCACUAUUUUUUCCUAGUAUCCUACUUUUCUUUUAAAAUUAACCUCAACCGAAGAUAGAGAUUAAAUAAAAAUGCAAGAAGGGGAAGGUAGAAAAAAAAAAUCAUGCAUGCACUAAUAUUGCAAAAUAAUGCAGUAGGAGCAGUGUGUCCUUGUGUCAUUGUCACAUUAUACUUUGAUAGCCAUUCAUCUUUGCCUGCACACUUUGCUCCCCAACAGAGUGCACACCCCCAAGUACUUUCUUGGCGUUUUCUCCCUUCUUUUUUUUCAUGCCCCACACUCAAUUCUUCUUUCUCUCCUUCCAAGUCUCAAAUCCCUUCAAUCCUUCAAUUCAAGUUUCAAGCACUUCUACUUCCUUCUCUCAAUGGAUGCAAAACCUCCUCAACUUGCUUCACAACCUUUGAACUAUCAGACAUGGUUCUUGAAAGUUUCCAUCCACUGUGAAGGUUGCAGGAGGAAAGUAAAGAAAGUUCUGAAGAGCAUUGACGGUGUUUUCACUGCAACAAUAGACCAACAGCAGCAGAAAGUAACAGUCACCGGAAGUGUUGGUGUAGAGAUCCUUCUCAGGAAACUGAUCAGAGCCGGAAAACACGCCGAGAUAUGGCCGGAGAAUCUCAACCUCGACGACGAAAGAAUCGCCGGCAAAGGGAAGAAAAAGAAGAAGAAGAAGAAGAAUGAAGCAAGAGAACCACAGAGCUUGGAAAACAAGGGAGCUGAAAAAAAUGCUACUACCACUGCCAAGUGUAGCAGUGUGAACAAGAGCAGCAACAACUCGCCGGAAAAGUCCCCCUCCGGUGACCAUGUUCCGGCGGAGGGUGGUGGUUCUGGUAAGAAGAAGAAAAAGAAAGUUCAGAGUAGUUUGAGUUCAGCAGCAGCAGAAUCUACUGGUGCACCUGCACACACUGGAUUGCAGUUUGAGGAUCUUGUGGGCCAGGUGAAUGUGAGCCCUCCACGUCAGCAAUCGUUGUCGUUCCCAGAAACUGGUUACUAUCCUCCGAUGGUUAAUGUUGCAGCUUAUAACAGAUUUUAUCCUUCUUAUUAUUUCUAUGUUCCAUCUUCACCCUACACGUGUGCUGGUCUAGACCAUGAUGGUCAUUAUCAAUUUCAAUCACCACCGUUGGUUUCCUUUGAGAUCUUCAGUGAUGAAAAUGCUAAUGGCUGUUAUGUUAUGUGAAGACUUAUAAGUAAAGACUAAAGAGAAUGUUGUACCAUGGACAUUAUUAUUAUUAUUAUUAUUAUGGCCUAGAUAGUUUGACAUUGAUAUUUUUGUG